UGUAAAACAGACAACAAGAACGUCAUUUUUGUUUUCCUUCUCGUGAUUAAAUUUUUCGAAAAAACGUGAAAAAUUCUACAUUUUCUCGAAAGAAUUUUUUCAAUCAUGCUGUUUUAAAACUUUACUUAUCAUGGAACCGGAAGUGAUUCUUAUCGAUGAUGACUUGGAGCAAUUACCGCGGCUACAGCCAGUGGCUCGCCCAGGACCAAGUCGUGGACGCCGAGCAAAUAAACGCUCUAGCAAUGGAACAGUAAUCAGGCAGGUACAGCAAGUACAAUCGGAACCUUCAUUCUCGAAUGGGUCAUAUGUGUACGAGCUUUCAUUGCUCACUGAGUCAGCAGUACCUCCUGCAACCACCGUAGUUCCAGCACCUGCACCUGAUCAGUAUGAAUCCGUGAUAGUAGAUGGCCAGGAUGUUUUUAUCAUCGAAGAAUUAGAUGAUGGUAACGCACCACAUCCUAUAGCAGCUCCGGAACUGCUUUCUCAACUACAAAGUGCAUUCCCGCACGCUAAUCCCGUAUUUGAUCCCGUGACGGAAGUCGUACAUCCGGAAGAGAGCGGAUCGGGUACGGACGAUUACUACGAGGUCAAUCCUUUAGAGUUGUCUGAUGUCUGGAAUGAUCUGAUAACUGCCAACCAGGAAAUUCUCAUCCUGCUAGAAUUGCAAGAUUUGAAACAUCACAUCGUGGAUGCUAGACAGAUUGAGGAUCAAAUGAGAAAUAUGGCUUGCGAAUAUUGUCCCCGUAUUUUGCCAAACAUUCGUGAAUGGAAUCAGCACAUAAAAAAGAUGCACUUCCAGACCGAGCAGUUUGAGUGCGACAGCUGUGAUGGUAAGUUCAAAUAUUUUGCUCGCUUCCGAGACCACCUCAAUGGACACACCGGUCAGAGGGUUUACCAGUGUGACGAAUGUAAUCAUCAAUACGCUUUCCGUAUUGGAUUUCUGGUACACAAAAUUCUGGACCACAUCAAACUGAACGGGAUUUAUGUAUGCCCGAAGUGUAAUCUGGACUGCAAAAAUGCCCAAACUUAUAAGCUACACAUCGCGACGCACAUUGAUUUUACCCCCCGAGCACUGAAUGCAGCAAGGGGUUUGAAACAUGUCAGCUCACCAGCUGUGACGCCCUUGGCAGCUUCCCGGUCGUCUCAGCGGAACAAUCAGCCUGCGUUGGCGUCAUACUCGCAGAAUAACGAUCGAAAUAAGUUUCUAAAUGUGUUCGAGAAUUUUUCUAGGGAAAGAAGAGUAGAGUAUAAUCAUCUUCCUUCCAACAAAAGGAAAUUUUCUAGACCGUAGGUAAGCGAGUAAUUUUGUGUUAUUUUAACGUAAUUAUCAUUUAAGUAUUUUAAAUAAGUAUCAAGAUAUGCAUCAUUGUGUUUUCAAUUGGAACAUUGCAAAAAACUGACACACAGUUGUGCAUUUUUUUAAGAAUUUAUUUUUCAUUGAAUACUGGAUUUAUUGCAUUCAACUAAUUCUAUUCUAUUGUACGAGAGUUGCAUUUCGGAAUUGAAAGCUUUUUUCGUUUUUUCGCCAAAUUCAGUUUGUAAAUAAAAAAAUACUUAAACAUGAUUGAUGAGCUUUUAGCAAUAGUUUGGUAAGAGAUGACAUCAUUAUCAUAAUAUAUGUAAGGAAAUUUAGGAUUUAUGCAGAAAACUCCUUUCGUCGUGCUUUUUGCAUAGAAGGACAUUAAUGAGACUAGAGCCUAGUUCAAAAUGCUGCAGAAUU